CGGCUACAGCAAGUGCAGAGAUACAGAUGGACCACUUCAAGUAGCACUCGACCUCAUGAUCUGAGCUCAGCUUGUCACCAAGGUCACUUGUCAGGGCUAUCUAGCUUUCCAUCACAUGCAGUCGCGGCGGAGUCGUCUUGAAAAUAAUAAUUGGCUUCAACACGACAAUAAUUGCAAAGUUACUUUUUCAUUUCAUGCAGUGUCUGGGCCUUUGUUGCUUCAUAAACCCAAAAGAACAAAGCUGAGAUCGGAAUGAAUAAAAUUGUCACUGCUGAAACGCCUUAUAUUUUGUUGUAGAAUUAUUUAGGUGUGAAGGCUUCGUGAGGGAUUGAUUGAUUCAGUGACAUAUGUAACUGUUAGUAUUACGGACAGCAGGAGUGGGGUCCAAUGUCAGUGCAGGCUCCCAUUGCGGAUGGCUUUCCGCAGGUGUUCCAUCCGGACAUGAAUAUGGAGGGCUUGACGGAUACACGCAGUGGUGGCCUGUUGUCGGAUCCUGAUGAACCCAUGAUGCUCAGCAUGCCUGAAUUUGACCAUUCUGGUGGGUACCUGAGCGAUUAUAUGACACAGCAAUUACCACGCAUUGAGGUGGAUGACAAAUCAGAGCCACUGCUAAAUUUAUCUGACAGCAAACCCUUGCCUGUGGCUGGAAAGAGUACACCAAGCAAAACUGGUCUGAGAUCACGGUCCCGCGAUGUUUAUCCCGAUGCCAGCACCGAGUCGGUUGCUGGCCGUCACAUGCAGAAGUGUACAAGCUGUGGAGAGGGUAUCUGGCAGCGUGAAGCGGCACGCCGUACAUCAUCAACUGUACUGUGUCCAUCCUGCAGAGUCACGCAGGCAACGAAAAAGCGUAAGAACCGGUCAUCGUCAACUCGCCUGAGCAGUUCAUCGGCAGCAGCGUGUACAGUAUCCAGUGCCAGUACGGCCUCCACUAGUACUAGUGACAGUGUGUCUAGUGUUGCUGCAGCCACUGCUGUUGCCGAUACGUCUUGCAGUCAGACCAAUGCAGGCAGCAGAGCAUGUUCUCCGGAUGUGCUUAGCAUGUGCCUAUCGGAAUCACUCGAGUCCGCCAGCCAGGCCCCAGAGUUGGCACCUCUCCCAUUGUUGAAGGUGAAAGCAGAUGACAGCAGUGACCCGAUACACGUAAGGUCUGCGUCGUCCUGGGUGCCGCAGUCGAAUUUGCUGCAUUGUCGUCGGAAAGCUGAUGAAGAGACUCUGGCUUCUCUAGAUUGCCAGAGGUUCUACUUUGAAUCGGACCAGCUUGCCCUGAAGGGCAAUCCAGACCAUGAUGUGCUACUGCGUACUCUAGUCACCCUGAAGGCACAGCGCUGUCAGGCAGUUAAAGAUCUAGACGUGCUGCACCAAACCAGGGCCCUGGCGCUCGCUGACCCAGCUGCUUUUGUCGAGGAGCUACGCAACGACCCUACGCAGCUUGAGAUCCCGACGGCUCAACCUGUUUUAGAACUGCCACAGAUUGAUUGGACUCAUUAUGAUUCAGUGAUUGCGACUGGGAAGGGCACGAAAGCGCGACAUAAUAAGAAAUCUUCGCACGGCCAUCACGCCAGCAGUCUAGGCCAUCAUCUAGCGUCAUCCGCCAGCGCAUCGGCAGAGUCGGCCGCUGCAUGCACAGCGGUGCAAUCGAGCGGCGGAGCCAGCAUGCAAACGUUCACCAACGUGCUGCACGGUCCACAGGCGGUUGCCGGUUAUUCUGCCACCAGGCCGACCCUCCUGGACGCCCUGGAGGAUGCACAGAGCGGACAGCGUGCGGCAGCGGCUCAUCGCAGCAAUCGCAGCAGCAGCUCCACCGAUAGCAAGUCGAAGACGUUCAACCAGCCCUGGACGGCAGAGGAGCAGGCGCGACUCGAAGGUCUGCUUGAGACCUACCCGACAGAGCCCAUCGAGGCACGCCGCUGGAAGAAGAUAGCUGCCGCCCUGGGUAACCGCACACCGCGCCAGGUUGCCAGCAGGGUGCAAAAGUACUUCUUGAAGCUGAAGAAAGCGUCAUUACCCGUCCCUGGCAAAGCGCCAAGCGUACCGCUGCGAAAAGGCACUAGCAGUCGGAAAACCUCGGUGUCUUCAUCGUCUGAAGGUAGGCGACAACAGCGCAUGUACGCUGACAAGUCAACGGCUUCAAUGAGCACUAUCGACUCCUCUGCUGUGUUCCUGGAUGACGGUGGGAACAUUGAGAACGGCAUGGCUGUUCUGGACUCUACGUCAUCGUUGCUCUCACACAGUGAUCACCAGUUCAUGAACGGUGCUGACGGUGGUCGCAGCAGCGCUCUCGAUUCCGACUUUUCCGCUGAAGAAAUGGAUAUGGAGCGGACGAGCGGUUAUGCCAGCUCUACUGGUGGCAAAACGGGUAAAUCCAAGUACAUGGCAACGGCUACGGUGUCGGUGGCGGCGACCACAGUUGUCAAGGAGGAAGAGUUUAACUGUGAUCUUGAUCUUGACAUGCAGCAUGCAGGCUAUCAGUGCGACGGCUGUGGCCAGGCACCUCUCUCUGGUAUUCGCUGGCACUGUGAAGACUGCCCGGAGGAGAACUCACUAGACUUCUGCAAUGACUGCGUGGAUCGCUGUAAUGUAGACACUGCCACUCACCUCAAGGAACAUAACCUGAAACCAAUUCGUCCGAUUCCACCGACAGCCUUCUUCGGUCAAGAUUACUCGCAGUUUGGCCAGGCACCCGGAGUUCCCUGCUUAAACUUUCUAGAUGCAGGCGCAUGCCCGGCCAUCUAGCGAUACAUGACGUACCGGGACAUGGCCGUGAGUUUUCAACAUGGUACACCAGCCAGGUCCGGUGGUUGACUGUGCACAGCAUGUGUGCCAGUUCUCUCCUGUUCAUGUGUACUUGCGUCUUUGCGAUGCCCAUCUUGUUCUGGCACGCUAGCUGUACUGUCUUUCUCUCUCUCUCUCUCUCUAUCUAUCUCUCUCUAUCUAUCUAUCUCUCUCUCUCUCUCUCUCUCUCUCUCUCUCCCUCUCUCUCUCUCUCCCUCUCUCUCUCUCGUUACAUACUUGUUCAAGUAGCGGCAGGCAGACUUCAUUGCGUACAUGUAUCAUCAUUUCCCCUAUACUGUACACUAAGCUACACCGGCAAUCACAGCUGUUAUGAUGAUGGUGCUCAUGAUAAGUUUAGCUUUCAUCUUGUUGGUGAUCAAAUUUUUACUUUAUCCAUCAAGUUGAGGUGUUUUCAGUGUUGAGCAGAUAUGCAGGCCACAUACAGUAUUAAUCGGCAAGUGCCUACCGUCAGAACUGAGAAGUACAGUUGUUAUAAUAUUCGUUACAAAGCCCUACCGUUUGUUUACUUAUCAUCGCUACGUGUUUGGUUGAGGCUGUGGCAAGCUCUAUGGCGUGGCUGGUCUUCUCCUAAGUGUACUAUCAUGAUCUUGAUCAUCACAGCCACCCUGUGUCUUAUCCCUAUGUCUUAAUGCACCGCAUGUGUUUAUCCUAUGUGCUUUUUUCCGAUGUGGUCUUGUACAGUGCGGGCGCUAUUACCACGUAGAUCCUCCCCAUCUAUUUAUGUUAGUCUAGUUCUUUGGAGUGUGUGCAGUUUUCGGUCACGUGAUGAGUACGUACCGCUGGCAAUAUCCUGGCUUCUGUGCAAGUAGUA